UUGCAACGUCAACGAGAAAAUGAUUUGGUUUGUCAGAGCGACAGCAGAUUAGCAGUUGAGACCAUUGCGUCUAUUUCAACAACAGCACAGUAAACACAGUGUGUAGAUAUGGAGGCAGCCAUUUGUCUGCUGUCUGAAGAUCAGUUCCUGUGCUCCGUCUGUCUGGAUGUGUUCACUGAUCCAGUCACCACACCAUGUGGACACAACUUCUGCAAGAAGUGCAUCAAUGAUUACUGGGAUACCAACAACCAGAACAUGUGUCCAAUGUGUAAAACGGUUUUCAUCUCCAGACCUGAGCUGCUCGUCAACACCUUCAUGUCUGAAAUGGUUUCUCAGUUCAGACAGUCGGCUCAACAGAAAGCCAGCAGCAGCAGCUCAGAGCAACAAGAGUCCAAACCAGGAGAAGUUCCCUGUGACGUCUGCACUGGAACCAAACUGAAGGCCCUGAAGUCCUGCCUGGUGUGUCUGGUCUCCUACUGUGAGACUCACCUGGAGCCUCAUCUGACAAUGUCAGGCCUGAAGAGACAUCAGCUGAUGGACCCUGUGGAGAACCUGGAAGACAGGAUGUGUACGAAGCACGAUAAACCUCUGGAGCUGUUCUGUAGGACCGACCAGACGUGUGUCUGCAUGCUCUGCUCUGUGUUAGACCACAAGAUGCACAAUGUUGUUCCUCUGAAGGAAGAAUAUGAAGGAAAGAAGGUCGAGCUGGAGAAGACAGAGGCUGAACUUCAGGAGAUGAUCCAGAAGAGACGACUGAAGAUUCAGGAGGUCAAACACAAAGUGGAGCUCAGUGAGGAAGAUGCAGACAGAGAGAAAGCAGAAGGUGUUCAGGUCUUCACUCAUCUGAAGGAGUCUGUUGAGAGAAAACUGAACGAGCUCAUCAAUACGAUAGAAGAGAAGCAGAGAACAACAAAGAAACAGGCUGAAGACUCCAUCAGAGAGCUGGAACAGGAAAUCUCUGAGCUGAUGAAGAGAAGCACUGAGGUGGAGAAGCUCUCCCUCUCUGAAGACCACCUCCACCUCCUCCAGAGUGUCCAGGCCCUAAACAUCCACCAUCCACCACCCACCAAGGACUGGUCUGAGGUCAGUGUUCCUCCAGCAUCAUAUGAGGGGACUGUGGUGAGAGCUGUGUCUCAGCUGGAGGAGACUCUCAGUAAAAAGAUGAAGAAGCUGGUUGAAGUUGAGCUGAAGAGGGUCCAGAAGUUUGCAGUGGAUGUGACUCUUGAUCCUCAAACAGCUCAUCCUGAUCUCAUCCUGUCUGAUGACGGGAAACAAGUGAAUGAUAGUGAUGUGAAGAAGAAUCUCCCAAACAACCCAAAGAGAUUUUCCCACAAUCCCUGUGUUUUAGGAAAGCAGAGUUUCUCUUCAGGCAGAUUUUACUUUGAGGUUCAGGUUAAAGGAAAGACUGACUGGGAUUUAGGAGUGACCAGAGAGUCGAUCAACAGGAAGGGAGACAUCCCACUGAGUCCUGAGGAUGGCUACUGGGCCAUAUGGUUGAGGAAGAGAAUCAAGUACAAAGCUUUAAGUGACCCUCCAGUUCUCCUCUCCCUGAAGUCUGGUCCUCAGAAGGUGGGGGUGUUUGUGGACUAUGAGGAGGGUCUGGUCUCCUUCUAUGACGUAGAAGCUGCAGCUCUCAUCUUCUCCUUUACUGGCUGCUCCUUCAAGGAGAAACUCCUCCCAUACUUCAACCCGGGUCUGAAUGACGGUGGUAGAAACUCCACCCCUCUGAUCAUCUCUCCUGUCAAUCACAAGGAGUAG